AUGACUCACUAUCCCGAUACGGUGUCACUUCCCGAUAACAUAUUCUGCUGCGACUCAUGCACUGAAGUCGAUACUCGACACUCCGACAAACCUUACCAUGAUCCCAAUAAGAACUAUCACCAAGCGAUCUAUCAAUCAUUUCUCAAUUUCGCAACCCGGAUAUCAGCAGCAGCCAGAGAACUUGAGCUUGCCCAAGCUCAUGAGGCUGCUGAAGUUCAACGUCAGGCUGCUGAAAUUUACGCAGCAGCUAUCUCGAUCCAGGAAGAAUCCGAAAAUGCUUCCAUGGCGCUCAUGGAUAUGAUCCGAAGUUAUAAUCCUGAUCAUCAAAAAAUGACAAAUCAAGCUCCAACUCCUUCAUUGGCUUGCAUUAAAACUCCCACCCCUUCAUCAGCAUUAACAAGUGCAUUCACCUUGCCCUCUUCUCCUCCCUUUUCUCCUUCCAUUACACCGCCUAGAUCAAUCAUAGCCCAAAGAUGCUCUGAUCUUCACUCUAUUUCAAAAAGCAAUGUGUUUGGAUCAGACUUGAUGACACCACCAUCUUCAGCAUCAUCCUCCAAACCCAGCUCCAAGAUGACUUCCAUAUCUUCCGGACUUGGGCAAUCAUUCAUAGAAUUUCUCAGAAAUGGAGUGACUGCUCUUCCUUCAUCAGGAGUGCCAAAUCUCGGAUCAAGCAUCACUGAUUCAAAAAUUCCCGAAUGGAGAUCACGUGCGAAUGAUCAAGCAAUGCAACCACUUGCGCAAUCUUUCACUCCUCUUGGAACAUCUGGAUACCCAAAGUCUCCUUGGGCAUUUGAACCAACGCACUCCCGAGCUCCUCAUGGAACAUAUGGGUCGUUUCAACCUUCGACAACCGUCGAGGCAUCUGAGCCAUAUCAAUCCCUGAUUCUGACUGGAAGUUUGGAACCAUCCCGAUUUUCAAGCUCUUCCGAAACAUUCGCCGAAGUUUCCUUCGAUGGUUUCAGAACUGUUCAAGCCCCAUAUUGGACACAAACAGAGCCGGAACCUUUCAUUCCUCAACAUGUUCUUUCCCCAUCUAAUCUCAUUGACAAUCCACUCAUUACCAAUCCUCCUCCAACCUACGUGAUUCACGUCACCUCACGACAAGACUACGGCAAGACGGAAUCUCAUCGUUACUUUGUCUGUCCCACGGAUCUGACAUCUGACUGGCCGGAAGUCAGUUUACUCCAAUGGUUCGCAGCUGGCGUUGGUUAUGAUGUCAAAGCGGAGAAAUGGGAUCAUAAAUGUUUGCAGCAUCAGAGAUUUUUUCGAAUGGUUUUGAGGCCAAAUCUGGCGAUGCGGGAAUGGGGUUUGGGCAAACCAUUGGAGGAAUUGCAAGCGGAAUUGGCAAAGUUGAACGCCGUUGCGGCAAUGGGGCGUGCGUAA